AUGUCUCCUUCCUACGUGUUCUUCCUCUUCUUAUGGAGCUCUGUUAUUGGAGUCGGACACGGCUGCCCUGAACUAUGCGACUGCUCCGACAAAUACGGACGCCACUUCGCUGAAUGCUCCUUCAAAGACUUGGUUGACAUCCCUGAAGGGUUGCCGCCCAACGUGACCACUCUCAGUCUCUCUGCCAACAAAAUAUAUUUGGUGGUGUCGGGCAGCUUCGACAACGUGACCCGAGUCACGUCCUUAUGGAUGGCCAAUAACGAGAUAGUCACCAUCGAGCCAGGUACCCUGGCGCCCCUGGUCCAGCUGCGGAACUUUGAUGUCAGUCACAACAAGAUGGUGGACUUCCCUUGGGAGGAUCUCCAUAACCUCACAGCCCUGCAGCUGCUGAAGAUGAACCACAAUGAGAUGAUCCGUCUGCCUAAAGACUCCUUCUCUAACCUCAAGGACCUGAGGUCUCUCCGCCUCAACAACAACAGGUUCACCACUAUAGCGGAGGGGACGUUUGACGGCCUGAUCUCCCUGUCCCAUCUACAGCUCUAUAACAACCCGUUCAUAUGCCACUGUAGGAUAAACUGGCUGAGGGACUGGAUUCUAAAGACCACCAUAACGGUUCUGGAACAGAACUCUAUUGUCUGUGACACUCCGGAGCAGUUUAGAGGAGAGGUGAUCGUGAAACUGUCUGAGUCGAAGUGCAUGGCCCCUAAUGUUAGCAUAACGCCUGAGCCUAACGUUGACAAUACAACGCUCUAUGAAGGCACAGUGUUGAUCCUGAACUGUGAGAUCAAAGGGAACCCAAAGCCAGAGGUUAUCUGGAAAAUCCACACAAACCGCCAAAGCGUAGAGUACCCUCUGUCAACCAAAGAUGAAGAAUUAGUAGAAUCCAAUGAAUCUAAUGAGGAUUCUAAAAUGGCAGACGAUCCGUUUAAAAUGUUCCACAACGGCACUCUAGUCAUACCACGCCUUAGUAAAAAGGACAAUGGCAACUACAGCUGUUCCGCCACCAAUGAGUUUGGUAAAGAUGACGAUUCACUAUCAAUAGUAGUAAUACCAAAACCACCCCCACCUCCACCUGUUGGAAAAGUGAUUGACCCACCAGUUAUUAUUAAUAGGGAGAAAAUCCCAUCAGGACUUCAACCUGCGAUCAAAACCUCUCUUAAUAACCCUUUCAAACCGUUCAAUAUUGAUGGAAAGUAUAAUAUCUUCCCAACCCUUCCUCCCUCCAUUGAAGUUGACACUGAGCGUACAGAGCAAGUGUCCAGACAUCCACCCAGCGCCACUAGAAAAUGUACCUUGACCAGUGAGACGCAGUACAUCUCCAACCAGGCCUUCAAUGGAAGCCUGGAGGAUGCCAGGCAGUAUACGUUUGACUUUGGAGUCAUAGCCUUAGGGGUGUCGGAGACGGAGGCGAAGGUUAGACUCAAUCCUCUCCUCAUUCCCAAAGACGACACAGACCUCCGUCUCAGAGCCUCAGAGGGCUUCCAUUCCAACCACAGAGAGCCUCCCGAACAAUCAGCGGUAACCAGGAGAGCCCUCGUGGACUCAGGGCUGUAUCUGUGUGUCACCUCAGACCACAGACACUCAGCCAUCCAGUGGUCCAGGAUGGAAGAUGGCGUCAACACCUAUCUGUUCCGGGACCUACGCCCCGGCGCCAACUACUCCCUCUGUCUCACCUACGGAGGAGAGGACUGCGAGGUGCAGGUCCUCUUCACCACCAGGAAGAGAGUUCCUAACCUGUUGAUCAUCAUAGUCGUCAGCAUCUGUCUCCUCACCGUUUCCACCGUGCCCUUGCUGGGGGCGACCUGCUUCCACCUGGUCUACAAAUACAGGAACAAGACCUACAAGCUCAUCAUGAAGGCUAAAGACCACCAGCACCACAUGGAGAGGAACCUAGUGGUCAACUUCAACCUGAGGAACUCAUACGCCGAGUCACAGAGGCAGAUCACAGCCAGCGAGAUGGGGGAGGGAGAGGAGGGAGAGUGGGGGAGUGGGGGAGAGGGGGAGAGAGAGGGGGACGUGGAGGGGAGUGUGGUGACCGAGUCCUUCACUCUGUCUCAGUACAGAGGGAAUCUGGAUGAGUGUGAGGUGGGGUCAGAGUACAGUGAUAGGUUACCGCUAGGGGCGGAGGCUGUUAAUAUCUCUGGGCACUACAAAGAGCCACACCACUGA